CCGUUUUUUCGUUUCGCUCGCCGCAAAACCCAAUCAAAUCAAAUCCACUUUCUUCUCUCUUGCUUGAAUCAAAAGUUUCAGAGCGAGUGUUUCAAUGGCGAUGCCAGUCGUAGACACCGAGUAUCUGAAGGAAAUCGACAAAGCUCGUCGCGAUCUCCGCGCUCUCAUCUCCAGCAAGAACUGCGCCCCAAUCAUGCUUCGCUUGGCGUGGCACGAUGCUGGGACGUAUGAUGUUAACACGAAGACUGGCGGUCCUAAUGGCUCGAUCAGGAAUGAGGAGGAGUAUACUCAUGGCUCAAACAAUGGUUUGAAGAUUGCAAUUGACUUUUGCGAAGACAUAAAGGUUAAACAUCCAAAGAUUACAUAUGCAGACCUUUAUCAGCUUGCUGGUGUUGUUGCAGUUGAGGUCACUGGGGGUCCAACCAUUGACUUUGUUCCUGGUAGAAAGGAUUCAAAGAUUUCUCCAAAGGAAGGACGACUUCCAAAUGCUACUAAAGGGGUUCCACAUUUGAGGGACAUAUUCUACCGGAUGGGUUUAUCUGACAAGGAUAUCGUGGCACUCUCAGGUGGCCACACUUUGGGAAGGGCACAUCCAGAGAGAUCAGGUUUUGAUGGCCCCUGGACUAAGGAACCUCUGAAGUUUGAUAAUUCGUUCUUUGUGGAGCUGCUAAAAGGAGAAUCAGAGGGGUUGUUGAAACUUCCAACGGACAAGGCUUUAUUGGAAGAUCCUGAAUUCCAUCGCUAUGUUGAACUGUAUGCCAAGGAUGAGGAUGCAUUCUUUAGAGAUUAUGCAGUAUCACACAAGAAACUCUCUGAAUUAGGGUUCACCCCAGGUUCCUCUGGUUCCGGGGCAGUCGUGAAGGAUGGUACUGUAUUGGCACAAAGUGCCGUUGGCGUUGCUGUUGCUGUUGCCGUGGUGGUCCUGACUUACUUGUAUGAAGUUCGAAAAAAGAUGAAAUAAAAAGGGCUCUUCUAAAAUCACUCUAUUGAGUUUAUAUACAACACCUGUAUGAUUUCAUUAUAGGAAUGAGCAAUAUCUACCAGAAAAGGAGCUGGACAGUUGAUGUUUUUUUCUUCAUUUUGGUGGUAGUCAUAAUAAUACAUACUUGGUGGCUUUAAAUAUGCUCUCUGCCAACUAGAUGAAAGAUACUAGUUUACUUUUUCUCCCCAUGUUGCAGGUAAAUAUUAGAUUGCAUGGAUGAUAGGAGUUUAUUUAUUUA